AUGAGCAAAAAAAUUGUUCCAUUUGUGUCUGUUGGCGUGAGUUUCCUUGUUCCAGCUUUGGUCGCGGCAUGACAUCAAAGUCUCACCAAUUGAUUCAGGUAGCGACCGUUCUGCUCCUCUACUUCUUGCUCCUGUUCUUCUUGGCUUUUUUAACGGCCAAGUUCUGCCCCAGUAUCGAUUCGACCACAGUUGACGAAGAUGAGAUGACUGAGAGGACGCACGAAGACGAAACCGCAACUGGUCCGACGCACAUCUCCAAUCCCAAUCGAGACCACACCCCCAAGAGAACCACGUCGACCUCUCUAAGUCGAAGAAGGCGCAAACAGUGA